CAAACUACGGAUUACAAACGAGCUUAUUUUUUAUAUACAUAAAAUGUUUUCUUUCGCUGGGGUUUGUUUAUCAAUUAUAAUUAUUAUAAUUAUAUUAGUGUUAGUAGAAGUAAUAGUAGUUCCUAAUGUUUGCAAUAAAAGGUGUAGAAGCAAAGUAUGUCUUGUUGGGAAGACUGCUUUAGUGACAGGAGGAAGUUCUGGAAUGGGUUAUGAAAUUGUACUAGAUCUUGCUCAAAGGGGAUGUAGAGUGAUUGUAGCCGAUAAGAUAGUUUCUAAAAACCUUAGAAAUAAGUUUAUCAAAGAAACUAACAAUUUUGAUAUUUUAGUUGAUUAUGUAGACUUGGGAAGCUUUCAAUCGGUUAGGGCAUUGGCAGAGAAACUAACUAAUCGAGAGAAGAAAAUUGAUAUUUUGAUUCAUAAUGCUGGGAUAGGUCCACUUUCCAGUGGACUUAGCGCAGAUGGUAUAAAUCUAGUUAUGCAAGUUAACUUUUACAGUCCAUUUUUAUUGACACAUUUGCUUGUGGAUUUACUCAAAAAUUCGGAAUCAGCCCGAUUAGUAUUUUGUAGUUCUUCUAUAAUAAAACAGUUACAUAGCAUGAUUUUGUUUGAAAAAUUUGUUAUAAGCAACCCAGAUAAAUACAAGUACUCUAAAUAUUGUCUAGCAGCGGUAGCUGAUAUUUUUGCCAAAAAAUUAAGCAGAUUCAACAUUUCGUCAAACUGUUAUGAUCCAGGAGUAGUAAAUACAAAUAUACAUGCCCAGUUUAUUACAAGCAAAUUUUUCUAUUCUUUAUGGGUUACAAUUGCCCGAUGGAUGUUUAAGAGUGCUGAAGAUGGAUGUCAAACUGCAAUCUAUUUAGCUUGUGCGAAAGAAGCUGAAGGAGUUACUGGACAAUUUUUUGCAGAUUUAAAACCUCUGCAUAAGCCUAAAGUGAUGUUUGAUGAAAAGGUGUGUCAGAGUAUUUGGGAUAAGGCAGAAAAAUUAGUACAGCUACAAACGGACGAGAUAUUAUAACUUUUAUACCCAUGAAUUUGUAAAAAAAUGAAAUACAAUAAAAAUAUUAAAAGAGUGUAUCGUAUCAUAUAUUAUUGUUAUGAAACUGUAUAUUCCAUAUAUUUUUAUACAAUAAACAUAUUUAUAUCAUAUA